AUGGAACUGCCUCAGCCCAGACCUUUAGGAACCGAAGGUAGAAAGGCAACACAUGAUUUUCUGUCACUGUAUUCACCUGUCCAGCAAGAUCCACGACCUCCGCAAGGUGGCUACCUUAAAACACAUGACUUCUUACAACCAUUGGAGCGUGUUGGGAAAAAUGCUACCAAAGAAGAAAGCAAAAUUGAAAUUACUGCUAUUGAAAAGCCUCAACCACCAGGUCCUCCUCCCUCGGUGGAGCAUGUUCUUCCUGGUGGCAUUGGUACAUAUAGCAUUUCUUAUUUCAAUCAAAGAGUUUUGAAGCCAGAAGGGAGCUUAUUCAUGGCGCAGGCAAGUAGUACCACAAGGAGUGAUGAAAACCAAAACUCUGCUUCUUACACUGGUAGCGGUUUCACGCUGUGGGACGAAUCUGGUGUAAAAAAGGGACAGACAGGGAAGGAGAAUAUUGCUGCUGAGAGACAUAUCCUGAGAGAAUCAGGUAUGAAUGGAGUGGGAGGGCAAUGGAUGACAGCGUUGGAACCUCCAUCACAGUCAUCUUCCAACCGGAAUCACAAUUCCCAAACCUUCAGCUCUUUCUUGUCCACUCAGCCAUCAUCAUCUCAGAAGAACCAGAGUUUCAUGAAUAUGAUGACAUCAGCAACUAAUGACCAAGAAGAGGAUGAUGACGACGAGGAUGAAGAGUUUGCUGUUAAGAAAGAGUCUACACCUCACCCAAAAGGUAAUUUGUCUGUCAAAGUUGAAGGAAAGCUCACAGAUCAAAAGCCUAACACACCACGUUCAAAACACUCAGCAACGGAGCAACGUAGAAGAAGCAAGAUUAAUGAUAGGCAUGUUUAUCAACCCUUACAUUUAAAAUUCUAA